AAUUUCCUGUCGCUUGCUGCCCUCAAUUCAUUUCUCACAGAUGAAAAGCAGGGAGAGGAACUGCUCCUUCAACGGCUUGAUUGCGACAUUUUUCUGUAAACAGCGAAAUCAUGGCUGUCUUUUAUGCUGCGGUUUUUGGCUGUAUUCUGGUUUUUGGUCUGCCUCUCAACGCCGUGUCACUGUGGAUUCUGCUUUUCCACCAUGGUCUCAGAUCACCCAACGCAGUUUUCAUGAUCAACCUGGCAAUCUCAGACCUGAUGCUUGCCAUUACUUUGCCUAUGAGGGUCUACUUCUACGCCACGGACAGUUGGCCUUUGAGUAACUUUACCUGUGUCUUAGUCACGAUGCUGUUUCGCAACAACAUCCGCUCCAGUUCCAUCUUCAUCACUUUCAUCAGCGUUGACCGGCUGCUGGCCGUGGUUUAUCCACUGAGGACACGGCACAUACGAACUCUGUCCAAUGCCGUGAAAGGAGUUGUCCUGGUUUGGCUCUUCGUGAUAGUGCUCAAUAUCCCGGAGGGUAUCCGUUUCUCAACACUUUUGAACAGUAUGAAAAACUCAACGUGUUUUGAAUCUGUUUACUCUGACAUAAAAGGAAAUUCAUCAACCACCUACAUUCAGUCCACGUUGGAGUUCAUCUUGCUGGCAGUCAAUGUUGGAUGCACCGUCAUGGUAUUCUGGACCCUGCGUCAUCACCUCAGUGAGUCUGCAAAGGUCAACAGCAAGGUGAACGUGAUGGUGAUUUUUGCCCUGAACUUGGUCAUGUUUUGCGUAUGCUUCCUGCCUUUGUCCAUCACUGCAUUAACGAGGACUAAAGGGUCUGAACUCACACCCAUGAUAUGUCUCGCUACUGUGAACUGCUGCUUGGAUCCACUGUGUUAUUACUUUUCCCUCGAUGCCUUCUGGAAGAAAAGAGAGGAAGCUGACGGAAGAAGAGAUCGGAGGACAAAUGAAACUGAUGGUUGAACCAGCAGCUCAAGUCCCAGACCAUCACCAGAUGGAGGGCCAGCAGCAUAAGCCCACAGCAGACUGUAAGGAUGGAUUACCUCAGAUUUGAAAUGAUCCAAAACAAAUGGCUGCAAGCUUAGCAGAAUCCGUCCCUCUAUUGCAGUACAAAUUUAGCUGCUAAUUCAGCACACACCACUUUUUGGGUGCAGCACCUCAACUGCUCGUUUUGCAGAGUAAAUUUAUCUGAUGAGUGAAGCAGGAAGCUGGUGGUGUUAGAUAAUAAGUUCAAGCUUAAGACAAUGUCAUACAAAUGCAAGAAAGAAACCUUGGUGCAGAAUAAAAAUGA